CAACCGGAAUGCAUGCGGAAAUGCAUUGUCUCCUGAUAUCAAAAUUUUAAUACACUUUUUGUAAGAAACAAUUGUAACCACAUUCAUAGAAUUAUAUCAAUACAAUGCAAUAAUUAUCGAAUAUCUUGUAUUCCAAUACCCUUGUAACUGAUAUAAAAGCAGCCAUGUAUUUUAACCGGUUGAACUACAUGCUCAGUGUUGCCUUUUCGCCGUAAACGAUUAAUUUGGCAACACUUUUUCAGUCUCCAUCUUUUUUCGCAAGGAAAAAAUUUAAGCUUGUGAAAAUUUGACGAAGGCGGAAAAGUACAUAAUUUUUGAUAUAUAAUUCUUGUGUUGCAAAAAAUAUCAAUUAGUAAAUAUGCCAAGAGAUUACGAUCGGGACUACAAUGACGAUACCACAGAUUACAAAAGAAAAAGGCGCACAGACGAUGAAGCCGGCGGUGGAAGUAAUACGGGAGCUGGCAGUAGCGGCGAUAUGGAUGGGCAUGGACGCGGACAAGAUCAUGGACAAGCCAUGCAAUCCCAUGACGCACCACCAUUAAACGAGAAAACAAACUCGUAUCUUGAGCAAUGUGAGCAAGAAAAGAAGACGCUUGGCAAAGACCACACUGUUUGUAAGCGUUUAAUAGACGACGAAAUUGAGAAAAUUUUAGUAAGCGGACGCAUACCAAAGCCAGAAAUCUACGCAAAUGUAUAUAGCGAAAAACCAAUACGUGUUGCACAGAAAGUAUUAUUCCCGAUUAAAGAAUAUCCGAAAUUUAAUUUUGUUGGUAAAAUUCUGGGACCAAAAGGCAAUACAUUGCGCCAACUACAAGAAGAGACAUUUUGCAAAAUGGUCGUUAUGGGACGUAAUUCCAUGCGCGACCACGCUAAAGAGGAGGAAUUGCGAAACUCUGGAAAUCCAAAGUACGCACAUCUUAGUCGUGAUUUACAUGUUGAGAUUUCAACUGUAGCACCACCAUCAGAAGCAUAUCAUCGCUUGGCAUAUGCUUUGGCUGAAAUUCGAAAGUUUAUGAUACCGGAUGCCAAUGACGAUAUACGCAUGGAACAAAUGCGUGAAAUGGAUGGCAAAGAGCGUAUGUACAAAAAAACUCAUUACUCGAAAUCAUACGGUGAGCACGCUGUUUAUAGCUGUCGUACUCCGCCACCACCUGCAUUUGAAAAAUCAUCUAAACCAAAGGUGUACUCGAUUUUAGAAAAGGCACGUUAUGUUAUGGAGGAUCCAGGUUAUGGUCUAGUAAAAUCUCACAGAUCACGUGAUCAUGAAUUGUACGAGCAUCAUGGCGAAUAUGAUCGUUAUACGCCACCACCACCAUCGAAACAUUCAAGUACUCAUCAUGCGCCAUACGAAAGUGGUUCGUAUGAACGUGACUAUCGUCGCGAGUAUCAUCCGCACUCAUCCUCAUACACAGCUGCAUAUCCAGCUAAACCAAGCAACGGUCGAUCUUCAUCGUCAUACCGACCUGCAACAUCGGGAUCGCACUCCUCCUCACACUAUGAAGCAGGAUCUCGCUCACGCGGAGAAAGCGUACGUUAUCGUUCGGCCCCAUAUCCGAAAUUACGUUAAAAAUGUAAAUAUAAAAAGUAUUUUACACGACAAGAGAACAACACUUUUCAAAAUGAAUUAGACUACCAACCAACCGUAUUGCAACAAAAAGAGAAAAACAGAAACAACAAUAACAAUAUGUGUUAGUUUAAUAUAUUAAAUAUCAAAUAUCUAAAUAAACAAGAAAGAAAAAAAACAAAAGGAUACAUAUAUAAAAUAUAAACGUACAGAGGUAGAAAAUAUAUUUGAAAGUAAACAAAUAAACAGCAUAAUGGUAUUUAAUUGUUAAUAUCAAAUCUUACAAUUAUUCGCAAAAGAAUUAAAGUAUCGCGUAUACAAAAAUUUUAAGCAAAACAACAAGGAAAAA